AUGUCUACUUCUGAAGCUGAAGUUGACAUAAGCGUCGUCUCAAGCCCGGAACCAAGUCCGACAGGCUGUGGUAAUGAGCGUGAUAGCCCUAUGCGUUGCAUAUCUCCAGCUCCAUCAGCCGGUAGCGCGCCAACAUCAACUACUUCAACACCAACAACAGCAGCUGGAACACCUACUUCGAAUGCUAACUAUCAUAGUCCAACUGCUGCGUUAAGUGCUGUACCGCCGACGGUAUUGCAUCAUCAUUUGCAACAUCAUCUAAAUAGCUUAAGUGGGCAUCCAGUGGCCUUACAUCAUGCUUUGCAUACCUUUGGUCAUCUUCACCCAGGACAUCCUGCUCACCCAGCACAUCAGCAAUUGCUACAGCAUGCAGUUACACCGACGGCGGUAACACAAUUAGCUGCGGUUACGGAACGUUUUAGUCCACCGGCUAUGGCUGCUAUGGCACCUAAAUCACCAGCACACAAUGGUGAUGAGGUCACUUCGUUGGUGCAUAAUAAUAACAAUAAACUGAUUAGUAACAAUAACAGUGAUAGUAACGGCAGUAGUCAGAAUUUAGCAAAUUCAAAUGGUAAUAAUGGUAAUGAAAGCAAUAAGGUUACCACUGGUAACGGUUUCACCAGCUUUUCCAUAUCGAGUAUUCUAAGUCGAAAUGAACCAGCAAAGAAAUGUGCAAAUAAUAAUAAUGUGGCUACUCUUAUUACACCAAUACCACAUCUGCCACAACCAGGCAGUGGUGGUCCACAGGAUGCUGCUAUGCUUUCAAGGUAA